GUCCGCCCCAACCUAGCCCCGGCUCCCCGGCCCCAUGGCGGCGGCGGAGGAGGAGAAGGAGGAGGAGAAGGAGACGGGGAGCGGGCGGAGCGGGAGCCCGGGGCUGGGCCGGAGUUUCGAGCGGCGCUUCCUGGCGGGCCGCAGGCUUCCUUCGUUCCCGUGGCCGCACCUCGAAGAGAAAUUAAAGAAUUCAUCCAAUUCCAUGCUGCUGCUGGAUAUUUUGCAGAAGACCGUCCUCCAUCCUCUGUGUGUGAAGCAUCCCCCUUCAGCAAAGUAUGCCCGCUGCUUCCUCUCUGAACUCAUUAGGAAGCAUGAAUCUGCCAACACAGAACCCUUGGAUGAGCUGUAUGAGGCACUGGCAAAGGUUCUAGCUGCCGAAGACUCAGCCCAUUGCCACCGGAGCUAUUUGCUGCCCUCCGGAGACUCAGUCACUCUCUGUGAGAGCACAGCCAUCAUUUCCCAAGGAACUACAGGCCUAGUCACAUGGGAUGCUGCUCUCUACCUUGCAGAAUGGGCCAUAGAGAACCCAACCGUCUUCAGGAACAGGACCAUCUUGGAACUUGGCAGUGGAGUCGGUCUCACAGGUCUUGCCAUCUGCAAGACGUGUGGUCCUGAAGCCUAUGUUUUUAGUGACUGUCACAGUCACGUCCUCCAGCAGCUCCAGAGAAACAUAGGCCUAAAUGGCUUCCUGGAAGAGCCAGACAGCUCGAUCCCGUCACCAUCCCCCAGCUCGGAGGCCCUCAGCUCCCGGAGGCCCAGAGUGGCUGCCGUUGAGCUGGACUGGGCUCUGGUGACUCCAGAACAACUCAAUGCCUUCCAGCCGGAUGUCGUCGUGGCAGCAGAUGUCCUGUAUGACCCGGAGGUCAUCCUCUGCCUCGUUGGUGUGCUGCAGAAACUAUCCACUUGUAGGACAGACCAGAGCCCUCCAGAAGUGUACGUCGCCUACACCGUGCGGAACCCACAGACAUGUCAGCUCUUUCAAACGGAGCUCGAUAAAGCUGGGAUUGGAUGGCAGGCAAUCCCCAAUCACAAGCAAACCUUGUUUCCUUAUGAACAACAUUCUCAGAUGGGAAUUCUAAAAUUAUUUCUGUAAACCCUAAAUAUUUCAGAACUGAGCAGGGAUUGAUUAUUAUGGGAUAAAUUUUGGAAAGCUGAUGGAGAAAACAAGUAGUGUGCAUUGGGAAGUAGCAUGGCCUGGUGGACAGAGCAGGGGCCUGGGAUUCAGAGGACCUGGCUUCUAAUCCCGGC